AUGACACCAGACCUAAACGAUCGGAUCGGUCACCGGGCCGCGACGAUCCCUUUACUCUGUAGCUACAAGGAUGUUGCCGUGGAUGCUGCCACCGGUUCUGGAAAAACCCUAGCUUUCCUGCUCCCGCUCGUAGAGAUUCUCCGUAGAUCCACGUCAUACCCUCCGAAGCCUCACCAGGUAAUGGGAGUAAUUAUAUCGCCAACGAGAGAGCUAUCAACGCAGAUAUAUAACGUGGCACAGCCAUUUGUUUCGGCUUUGCCAAAUGUGAACUCUGUGUUGCUUGUUGGAGGCCGAGAGGUGAAAGCUGACAUGAAGACCAUCGAAGAGGAAGGAGGCAAUCUCUUGAUCGGCACGCCUGGAAGGCUCUCCGAUAUAAUGGAACGAAUGGAGAUUCUAGAUUUCAGAAAUCUUGAGAUUCUUAUCUUAGAUGAGGCAGAUAGGCUUUUGGAGAUGGGAUUCCAGAAGCAGGUGAAUAGCAUUAUAUCUCGCCUGCCAAAGCAACGGAGGACUGGCCUCUUCUCAGCUACACAAACAGAAGGCGUUGAAGAGCUGGCCAAGGCCGGGCUUAGGAACCCUGUGAGACUUGGAGUUCUGGCUGAGUCGAAGUCCGAAUUGACAAACUCGAAAACGCCUUCUGGUCUGCAUCUUGAGUAUUUGGAAUGCGAAGCAGACAAGAAAUCAUCACAACUAGUGGAUCUCCUAAUCGAGAACAAAAAUAAUAAGCUUAUAGUAUACUUCAUGACCUGUGCUUCUGUUGAUUACUGGGGACUCGUACUUUCAAAAAUCCCUGCCCUGAAGUCCAUAUCUUUAAUUCCUAUCCAUGGCGAUAUGAAGCAGAAUGUAAGAGACAAGGCAUUAGCUUGGUUUACUGAAGCAUCAAGCGGUGUCCUUUUGUGCACAGAUGUCGCUGCACGUGGACUUGAUAUUCCAGGCAUUGAUUACGUUGUUCAGUAUGAUCCCCCACAAGACCCAAAUAUGUUCAACCAUAGGGAAGAAGACUACGUAGAGUUUAUGCGCAGAAGAGGCGUCUCUUGCCAAGAGAGAAAAUGCUCUGAGGAAGCAUCCGAUGUCAUCCCGAUUAUACGUUCACUUGCCAUGAAGGACCGAGCAGUACUGGAGAAGGGAUUAAAGGCAUUUGUUUCCUUUGUCCGUGCUUAUAAGGAGCAUCACUGCUCUUACAUUUUCAACUGGAGAGGCCUUGAAACCGGAAAAUUAGCCAUGGGAUAUGGCCUCUUGUAUCUUCCUUCAAUGUCGGAAAUUCAACAAGGAAGACUUUCCAGUAAGGGUUUCACACCCAUUACAGGCGUUAACUUUGAUGACAUCAAAUUCAAGGACAAAGCACGGGAGAAACAAAGACAGCAAAACUUACAAGCAAGGAAAGAGAAACAACAAGAAGAGAAAGGAAAGAGAGGCAAGAAAAACUCGAAAAAGGCGGCUGCUACUUGUGCUACCGCUGAUUCUUACAAAGCGCCGAGAAAGAGAAAGAUAACAGGAAAGCAGAGACAAACCAUCCAAACAGCUGUAGAUGAAGAAGAGAUGGCUCGUGAGUCUCGGUUAUUGAAAAAACAGAGGAAAGGGUUGAUUACAGAAGAUGAAUUUGAUAGACUUACAGGAGCUGAUGACAUUUAAAGAUCAUAAGAAGCAAUAAACCUUUCAGGCUUGGAUUAGAGUAGCGACUAUGCUUUAGUGUUUUUAUAAUAGAGAAUACUCUCAUGUGUUUGUUAGUUAAAAGGCAAAAUGGCCAUUAUUGUGGCAUAGGUUUUGAUUCUGAUUUCAGACAACAGUUAGCAAAUAUUAUCGAUGUUGCCGGGAUCGAACCCGUGGUCAUCCGGUGACAGGCG